AAAAAUCCCGCGCCCUCUACAAAAUUCUCCGCGGAAAAAUACCAGACCCUAUUGGUAUUCGCCUCUUCUCUCACUGAAACUUUGCUCUUCGCCCAUUAACUUUUAUUGAAUAUUUUGAGUAAAAAUGUCGGCAGAUUUUGUAUCUGAAAGGCCUGUGUUUGGUGGAGCAAUCUCAACUUCUUUUCCUCUUAGGUUUCAGGAUGUUAGUAACGUCAGACAAGUUCCCGAUCAUCAGGAGGUGUUUGUGGACCCUGCCCGUGAUGAGAGCUUAAUCUUUGAGUUACUAGAUUACAAGCAUGAAGUUGGUGAUGAUGGUAGCGCUGUCUGGUUUCUUCGUGAUCUUUCCAUUGAACAAGACGGUGAAGGAUUCGCGUUGCUUGAGCAGUCAACAGUGGUCGAGGCUCCUGGAUUGUGUUACAAAAACAUUCCAGCCAUUGUUACAACUGCAGUUGGCCAAAUGGCUGUUUCAAAGGGACGGCAAGGAAGAGAAGCGCAAAAUAUUAUCAAGGUCUAUCUUGCAAACAUACGUCUUAAGGAAGUAGGAACAGAUGUUCUAAUCACUGCAUAUGAACCCAUCUUGAUAAAUCCUUUGAGCGAAAGUGCUAGUGCAGUUGGUGCAGGAUUAGCUACCCCCGCUAUGCAAUCUGGAUUUAUGCCGAUGGUCGAAAUCUUUAAGCUAGCCGUUUCAAACUUCAAAGUAAAUGACUGGGGCCUUUUUGGCCCUACCAAUUGAGAUGUGCUAAAGGCC